AUGGCAGAGAAAGAGGCUGUCACCAGUCUGACCGGCGAUGGGCCUCCAGCUCCAGCUCCAGCUCCAGCUCCAGCUCCAGCUCCAUCGUCGCCGGCUCCUAUGCCCACAUCAGCACCGCCAGGAGAUCCUGAUCCCAACUUGGUAACCUGGGAUGGCCCGGAUGACCCAGAAAAUCCCAAAAACUGGCCCCAAGUCAAGAAAUGGACGACCAUUCUGCCUAUGUCUUUAUUCAACUUCCUUUCCUCCAUGAGUUCGGCGACGAUGGCCCCGGCUCUGGAUGCCAUCCAAGCCGAUCUCCAUUUCUCAUCCAACAUGCUCGGCGUGCUAUCUCUGACGGUCUUCUUGCUAGGAACCGCCUUUGUUCCUAUGGUAACAGCACCAUUGUCAGAGGUCUUCGGGCGGUCCAUGGUCCUCCAAUCGGCAAAUCUAUUCUAUAUUGUUUUUAAUACUCUGUGCGGUGCGGCAAAGACCCCAAAUCAACUGAUUGUCUUUCGCUUUCUGGCAGGUCUGGGUGGCGCGGGCCCUUUUGCGAUCGGAAGUGGUAUCAAUGCCGACCUCUUUCUUCCCCACGAACGCGGCCAGGCUAUUGCCGUCUACACCCUUGCACCUCUGAUCGGUGUUGUCGUGGGCCCCAUUGCCGGCGGCUUUCUGGUACAAUAUACAACCUGGCAGUGGUGCUUCUAUGUGGUUUCGAUUAUUGGUGCAGCGAUCCAGAUCCUAGGCCUACCCUUCUUCCGCGAGACCUACGCGCCGGUCCUUCUCCAGCGCCGCUGCAAAAAACGACGCAAGAGUACCCAGAACCCGGACCUAUACACUGUUCACGACCGCGUCUCGCUGCUACAACUUCUUCGCACAAGCAUCGUCCGUCCUUUCAUCCUCCUGGCGACUCAACCGGUGGUGCAGGUCUGGAGUCUGUAUUGCGCGUUCCUCUGGGGGAUCUUGUAUAUCCUCAUCGCCACUUUUCCCAAUGUAUGGACAGAUAUCUACGGCGAGUCGGUCUCUAUCGGCUCCCUCAACUAUAUCUCUCUCUUUGUGGGCAUGGGAUUCGCCUCUCAGGGCGGCACCCGACUGGCCGAUCGGUACUAUCGCAAUCUAUGUGCCGCCAAUGGAGGGCGCAGCAUGCCCGAGUUCCGAUUGCCGGUCCUGAUUAUAGGCGCUUGCAUCGUGCCGAUCGGGCUGUUCUGGUAUGGAUGGUCUGCCCGUUCGAAUGUUCACUGGAUUAUGCCAAACAUCGGCGCCGCUAUCUACGGCGCAGGUACCGUGCUUGAGAUCCUCUGCGUAAUGGGGUAUAUUAUCGACACAUACCAGAAGUACGCAGCCAGUGCAAUGGCUGCGAUCAUCUGUCUACGAAGUAUCUUGGCCUUUGCCUUGCCUUUGGCCGCUCCGAGUCUAUAUGGCAACCUUGGAUAUGGAUGGGGAAACAGUACGCUCGCGUUGAUUGCCAUUGUUGUGGGGAUACCGGCACCGAUCCUACUGCGAUACUAUGGGCCGGCGUUGCGCCGACGGAGUCCGUAUGCGCGGGACGAUUAG